AUGCCAGUAACCAUCAAAGUCGCGAAGCAUGAUGCAGAAGCAUUUAAGCCAAACUGGCGCGAUCUUCCACAGCCUGGUUUCAAAACGAACGCAGUCCCGGUUCAAGAUCCAGAUAGGUCAUUCUUGCGUGAUUUACUCCAGGACUUGGCCCCGAAAAAGCCCAAGGCGCCGAAAGAUUCAAAAUCCAACAGUACUAUAAUACAAUCGACACUCACCGAAGAGAUCGCGAGUAAGAUUCUCCCAUCUGGUAACGGCUUGGUGCAUACCUGUCUCGAGGCGUACAAUCAGCAUCGCCACCUUGUCCUUCGUCCUGACGAUAUUUGGAUCGCUAUUGUGACUCAGUUUUCAUUUUAUGUGAAUAAGCAUUCUGAGGAACUACGUUCCUUCUUUGUGGCGCAUGAAGGGAAAAAGGAGCUAGUUGUUGUUCAGAAUCAUUUCGACUUCACGAGUUUCACUACUGAAAUGGCCAACAUGAUCCAGGACAAUAUCGUGGAUAAGAGCUUCCAGUCAUGGAUUUUACCGGCAUUUUCGACCACGACACGUAUCGACAACAUCGUAUGUAGCUCAGUAAUGAUGAGUGCCAUGAAAAAGUACUUCGAUUAUAGGUGUGAAAUUUUGUGUGGUAUACCUACCGUCACAUUACUCGGAGAGAUAUCAGACUGGGAAGAAAUUCUUCGCCGGCUGGAUAAGCUUGAAUUCUUUGGGCCAGCCCAUCAAGAAUUGAUACACUGGAAGGAGAUGCUUGCUCCGGUAAUCCAAAAUAUGAUACUAACCUUCGAAAAUCCUGGAGCCAUAGCCCAAGUUGACUUUUGGUCAAAAAUCGUUCAUGUUUACAAUUUAAGUGGCGGAUCAAGCUUAACCGGGUGGCUUACAGUUUUCUGUCUCUUCAAUGAAGACGGUGACUGGCAAGGAGGAGACAGGAGUUCAGGACAGAACACUUUUUCAACCAGGGAGCCUCCUAAAUAUCCAAUAAUCAAAAUUCAGGAUAUACCUACUGGAAAGUGUGAGGUUAACGUUCGGAUCAGUGGAGACAUGAAUGUCAAUGCUAUGAUUGUGGCCGGCUUGGUAGGCGCUUCAGUCUCUUCUCAGAAUGGGGAUGAUGAGACCCUUGACACAGUGCAACCUUACCCUGCAUGGUGCAUUUUUGAGCUGAACGAUGAUAUGUGA